AGAAGCUGGGCCCUGGCGGCGGAUCUGGACGUGAACCCUUGCUGGCCUCAGAACACCAGCACCCUCCCUCCGGUGCAGCCCUGCCUGGCCGGGGGCCCCUCCUCCACAGCCAUGGUCUGGAAGAAACUGGGCUCCCGCAACUUCUCCAGCUGCCCCAAUGGCUCCAUCCAGUGGAUAUGGGAUGUGUUGGGUGAAUGUGCCCAGGACGGCUGGGACGAGGCCAGUGUGGGCCUGGGCUUGAUCUCCAUUCUCUGCUUUGCUGCAUCUACCUUCCCCCAGUUCAUCAAAGCCUACAAGACGGGCAACAUGGACCAGGCGCUGUCCCUGUGGUUCCUCCUGGGCUGGAUUGGUGGAGACUCCUGCAACCUCAUUGGCUCCUUCCUUGCUGACCAGCUGCCCCUGCAGACCUACACGGCUGUGUAUUACGUCUUGGCAGACCUGGUGAUGCUGACGCUGUACUUUUACUACAAGUUCAGGACACGCCCCUCUCUGUUGUCUGCCCCCAUUAACUCCGUGCUGUUGUUCCUAAUGGGGACGGCGUGCGCCACACCGCUGCUGAGCGCUGCUGGGCCCGUGGCUGCCCCUAGGGAAGCCUUCCGGGGGCGGGCGCUCCUGUCCGUGGAGUCGGGCAGCAAGCCCUUCACCCGGCAGGAAAUCAUUGGUUUCGUCAUCGGCUCCAUCUCCAGCGUGUUGUACCUGCUCUCCCGGCUGCCUCAGAUCCGCACCAACUUCCUCCGGAAGUCCACCCAGGGGAUCUCCUACUCGCUGUUCGCGCUGGUGAUGCUGGGGAACACGCUGUAUGGGCUGAGCGUGCUGCUCAAAAACCCCGAGGAGGGCCAGAGCGAGGGCAGCUACCUGAUGCACCACCUGCCCUGGCUUGUGGGCAGCCUGGGCGUGCUGCUGCUCGACACCAUCGUAUCCUUCAGGGCGUGUGAGGCAGGUGGUGGGGUGUGGGCAAGGAAGCCCCUGCCUGCACACAGCAUCAGCACUCAUCUGUCUCUUCCUCCCUUCAUCCAUCCGUCCAUCCAUCCAUCCCUCCUUCCCUCCCUCCCUCCAUCCGUUCACCCAGUCAUGCCUACCUCCUGUGUGCACCCAGCUGGACCCUGGAGCCAUGAGUGCCUCAGAGGCUUACAGCCCAGCAGGGCGCAGACAGGACACAACAUUAUCAUCAAAGAAUUACUUCAUUGCAGUGGCACCAAGUGCUGCAGAGAAAAACGACAAGAGCGUCUAGCCAGGAACUGUCCUGGUUAGAGGGGCAGCAAAGGCCCCUGUCUCAUUGAACCUGUGACCUGACAGAGAAGAAGUUAGUCAGGGGAAGGCAGGAGAAGAAUGUUCUAGGCUGUACAGACGAGAGCUGGAGUGUGGAGACACACACGAGUUGGUCAGACAAACCUGGGUUCAAAUCCUGGCUCCUCCCCUGCUUCCUAGCUGUGUGACGCAGAGCACACAGUCAACCUCUCUGUGCUGCUGUGUCUUCACCUCGGUUAACAGCCACUGUCUCGUCAGGAUAUUGUGUAAGAUGAGGUAUCUGGAAACACUCCCCACAGGACCCCGUUUUCAGUGAGGGCUCAGGAAGUGUCUGCUGAAUGGCUGGACAGAGCGUUACCUGGGUCUCACUUGGGAGAAAGUAAACAUGGCCUUUGUUUUAAUAUUUGCUAAGUCCCUGCUGGGUGCAGGGAGAGGUGACAGUUUAGGCUCUUGAGCCCCAAAAUGGCCCAGCCACCUGGAAGCCUCCAGGAUGCCACAGGGGAGAGGAAGCGAAGAUCCUGGGCCAGGGUCAAGGGAGGCUGCCCACGGGAGGGAGAAGUCGGUGCCAGGCUUGGAGAUAGAUGGAGCUUGGCUAGGGCUUGAGGAGCCGGGCAGUCGUGCUGAGUGGAGGGGCACAGCUAAGGUAGAGGCUGGGAGGUUAUGGCUGGCCCUUCCCACCUGCAGCGUGGGGGCGGGAGGGAGGGGAGAGGGAGGCAGCUCCUAGGAGUCGAAGGCCCCCAGGGGCAGGUCCAACCCAGUCUCUGUUCAGCUUGGCCUUAACAGCGGCACCCCCAGAUCUCCAUCCAGUUCCUGGUGUACAGGCGCAGCACCGCCACCUCGGAGCUUGAGCCCCUCCUCCUCCCCAGCUGACCAGAGCCAGGCUGAGCGCAGGAGGACAGGCACCACCAGAUGCCACACCAGGCAGGGGGAGGUGUGGACAGUGAUGGUACCACGGCCCUGCAUCAGCCUGUGGGUGGCCUCUGGAUCCUCCCUGGACUGAACCGUCCCCUCCGGAACACACCUUCAGGUAGACCCUGAAGCCUCGAGGCCGGGGCUGAAGCGGAGACCCCAGGGCCUCUCAGGAGACAGCGAGGCUGCCCCUCCCACCACCUACCUCAUUCUGCCUACUCACCCCAGGGGCCACAGCUGCGGCCUGCUGGACUCAGGACUGUCCUGUCAACUCCAGACAACCGAGUGAACAGGCUGGGUGCCGUGGCACACACCUGUAAUCCUAGCACUUUGGGAGGCUGAAGCGGGUGGACCACUUGACGUCCGUAGUUAGAGACCAGCCUGGCCAACAUGGUGAAACCCCGUCUCUACUAAAAAUACAAAAAUUAGCCAGGUGUGGUGGCACACAUCUGUAGUCCCAGCUACUUGGGAGGCUGAGGCAGGAGAAUUGUUUGAACCCGGGAGACAGAGGUUGCAGUGAGCUGAGAUCAUGCCACUGCACUCCAGCCUGGGUGACAGAGUGAGACUCUGUCUCAAAAAAAUAAAAAAGAUAACCGAGGAAACGGUACCUCCCCACGA